AUGGAGACCAAAAUCGGCGGUUAUGUUGCCAGCAUCCUCAGGCCCGUGGUGGAGGAGGUCGGUCCGGAGAACGUGGUGGCGUUCUGCAUGGACGGUGGGUCCAACUACGCGGUGGCGUGCAACCAGUUGAUCGCGGAAUGGCCGCACAUUCAACACGUGCCCUGCGGCACCCACGUGUUGGACCUCUUCAUUGAGGACGUCGGCAAGAUGCCGUGGGCCAAGAACGUGGUGGACCCUGCGGGCGAUAUCAGCUCCUUCGUCCGCAACCACCACUGGACGAGGGGAUACUUGCGGAACCAGGAAAUGGUGGGUGCAAGGAUGCUGCAGGCGCUGGAACCGCUUGGAACAAGAUUCGGGACACAAUACAUUGUUGUGUCCCGUCUCUGUGAGCUGCGGCAGUCGCUUGCACAGAUGGUGGUGUCUGAUGUGUGGAAGGGCUGGGCAGUUGGGGAGAGGAAGAAGCCUGCGGAGAAGCUUGCAGCGCAAGUUCUUGAUGACGCGUGGUGGAAAACGGCGGAGUUAUUCUGCAAGCUGAUGAAGCUCCCAUUCUUUGCAAUGCGUAAGACCGAUGCGGAUGCCAAGGGGAUGAUGGGCCGUAUGUAUGACACAAUGUUGCAGUUGACCGAGGAUGUGGGGACAGUGGUGGAGGAGGAUGAGGAGCAGCUCUCCUACUCCGACAAAGUGCACAUCCGCCGCCUGCUAAAGAACAGGGAAAUCCAACCCCCGUGGAAACUGACCGCAUAA